UGAUGGAAAAAGGAAACGGAAGCAUAGUGGCAGUGACGAAGAUGGCCCAGCUUUUCUUUCAUCAAAAUAUGCUGAACCGCCUGCUUCCAAAAUCUAUAAUAGCCGUUUCCUCACCAAUACGCCUGCUGAAUUAUUUCGCAAAGAUCUCAUAAGUGCAAUGAAGUUGCCUGAUAGUGAACCAUUGACUCCAGAUGAUUAUUGGCUAAUUGAAGAUUCUUGGAAACCUGAAUGGGAGAGGGGUGUCCAGGUUCCUGUAUAUCCUGAAGCUCUACCUGAGCCACAUAUUAGAGUUUUAAGGAAGCAGAAUAAAGAAGCAAAUUUCAAGCUCCCCAAAAAGCUCAUUCGUUUUACUCGUGAUUGUUUUUUUAACCCGGAAGUGCAUGUCAUGAGCUAUACGAAUACGCUUGCUGAGAGAACUUGCCGGUAUGAUAUGGAUGAUGUAGAUUUGAAUUGGCUAACCAUGGUGAAUGAAGAUAGAGAAGAUUAUGGUCUUCAGCCACUAGAAGAAACAUUUGUGGAACAAGUUAUUGAGGAGUUUGAAGUUCAGGCGUAUGUAAAUUUCCAAGAAGCAAUAAAAAGUGAAGAAGGCUUAGGUAUAGAAUAUGAUGAAGAUGCAAUUUGUGAUGUUUGUCGUUCUCCAGAUUCACAUGAGGGUAAUGAAAUGGUAUUUUGUGAUGCUUGUAACAUCUGUGUUCACCAGAUAUGUUAUGGAAUUACCAAAAUACCAGAAGGGAGCUGGAUAUGUCGUACGUGUGCUCUUAGUAUAAGGCCACCAUGUGCUUUGUGUCCUAACAGAGGAGGAGCUAUGAAGACAACAAGGUGUGGCCAGAAUUGGGCACAUGUUAGUUGUGCUAUAUGGGUACCUGAAGUUUCAUUUCUCAAUUUUAAGAAAAUGGAGCCAAUAAUAAAAGUUUCUCAGAUACCUGCUAGCAGAUGGGCUCUUGUGUGUUCAUUAUGCAAAGAAAAAACUGGAGCUUGUAUUCAGUGCAGUGAAAAAACUUGUAAAACUGCUUUUCAUGUAACAUGUGCUUUUAAAGAGGGACUGCAGAUGAGAGCAUCUGUGAAAAACACAGAUACUGAUGAUGAUAGUUUAAAAGUACUGUCUGACCACGGCAGUAGCGACAUUGAGCUUAAAUGCGCUAACCAAGCAGCAUGGUUUACCAAACAGAAUGGAUGGGUUUGUUCUGCAUUUUGCAAAAAGCAUAGCAAGCAGAAACGCACUAUUUUCUCUGAUUCUGAAGAUGAUGAGGAUGCAGUUAAUGCAAAAGAAACGCUAACCAGUGAAGAGAGGGCCAAUCUCAGACAGGAAAAGAUACAUGAAAAAGAGGCAGAGUUCUAUAAUUAUGUCAACAUUGAUGAAGUAGCAGAAAUGUUUCAAUAUGACAGGACUGAUAUUGAAGUAAUAUUCAAUUAUUGGAAGUUAAAGAGAAGAGCUAAUUGGAACCGUGCACUUUUACCACCAAAAAUUGAUACUGAUACCAGUUGCACUGAGGAGAAUUCUCCUAUUGCUUUUCUUAAAAAGCUUGUUCAUCAUAGGCAAGAUUUAGAAAGGGCAAGAAAUUUGUGUUACAUGGUGAUAAAACGUGAAAAACUUGUCAAGAGCUGGUUAAGGGUUAAAGAGCACAUAUUCCAGAAACAAGUAGAUAUCUUAUCCAGAGAAAAUGAAAAGUUAUCAAAAGAGGAAAAAGAAGCUGUACUAAAUGCAAAUUGUGGGGAUUUAGCAUAUGAUAAGAAACAUACGGGAUUGAAUGGUCCUUCACCCAACAUGAUUAGUGUACUCACUAACCUUGUGGGUGAAGAUAUCACAAAAACACACUUAAAUGGUACAGUGAAAGCAGGUAGGAAAAGUAAUCGAGAAAGAUCUGAACCUUCUCCAAAUCCAUAUGCUAAACAUUACCUAAAUGGGCUUGCAAAACGUUCUCAAAGAUGGUAUGAUAAACAAAGGAGAGGAUCCCAUCUGCAAAGCACCAGCUCCUUGCAAGUUAAUAAAAGUAAUGUAAAUCUUAGUUUUCAGUGGACCUCAGAUCAUCUUGUUAGUGAUGAUGGUUUAGAAGUGUCUAAAGAUGGGGAUGACAUGAACUCUGAUCAACAGCAUCAUUUCCUUACUCAGAUUGAAACAAGUUAUAAGUCUGUUGAUUCUUGUGAUGAUGCUUAUUCAAAUGUAGUUGCAUACAAAUAUAUUGGUGAUGAUUCUUCAAGUAAAAAUUUCUCAGACAGCCAUUUUAAGGAUGAUAGUGAUAAUAAAGGAACUAUUUGUUUCCCUCCUCUGAAUUCAUUUACUCCUGUAAAACAUGAAAUUGAUUCUGUUUCUUCUAAUGAAUGUCUUUCUAAAUCUUUAAUUGAGAGUUGUGUAGAAAUGAAAAUCAAGGAGGAGAUUAAGUCAGAUAAUGAGACUUCUGAUUGCAAUAAUGGAUGUAAGUCCAGCAGAGGCCUUAAAACUGUAGAAGAUAGUUCUAAUUUUACCAAAGAGGAGGAAUCAAAAGCUUCUGAUUUGAAAUCAAAAAAUAAUUUUAUUUCAGGCAAAAGAAGAAGGUGUAAAAAAGGUAAUUUAGAUGAAAAAUCUAAUCUUGUCAACCACAUACAAGAUCAUUCUGCUUUAGUGAAUGAUGUAAAUAAUAUUAUAAGUUCUCCUCUUGAUGAAUCUCUUUCAACAAACUAUCUUAAUGUUAUGGAAAUAGAAAUGAAAAAUCACGAGGCUUCAGAAGCUGAUCUGAAACAAUUUGUUGAGCAGUUGGAAGCAAAUUUAAAUCUUAACUCUUGUAUUACAGUCCCAUCAGAACUUGAUAGUGCCACUGAAAACCAGUCUUGUAUAGAUUUGCCUAUACAUUGUGAAAGUAUAAAAGCUGAAGAUCAAGAAAAAACUGAAAGUUAUGCUGAUGUUAUGGAGCAAAAAAAUAUUGAAAUUUCAGUUGAUAAAUGUUUAUUAAAUCAAAGUAAUGAUUCAAAUGAAAGCAAAGAUAAUAAUAUUGUUAUUCAUCAUGCAAAAAUCUUAGAAUUGAACUGUAAUCCAGUUGUAGUACUUGAUAAAUCUGAAGCCAAGAUUCGUCCAUCUGUUAAAAGCGAUUCACCUGUUAGGACUCAUUCUCCUUCACCUCAUAAAGUAUCAGAGAAUGGAAUCAUUAAAUAUAAUAAGCCUAGCCCUAAGUAUAAUUCACAGGAUAAAUCAGUAACAUCAAAAUCAUGUGCAUUAAAAUCUAAACAUAUGAGUAAUUCUCAUUCAGUAUCAUCUGUAUCUGUGAAUAAACAUCAAUCAUCUUCAUUAACAAAGUGCCAGGAAAAAACUGCUUCUGUGGUAAAGUUGGAAGAAGAUGUUUCAGAGCCAAAAGAAUGUUUGACUAGUGGGAAAAAUACGUCCCGAGAAUUACCUAUGCCAAAAAAGGACAUGCUGCGGGGAUAUAAGAUUCCAAAAAAACCAAGGUCUGAUAAACCUGAAGAGAAUAGCUUGGACUUGAAGCGGGGAAAUUCUCCUCUUUCUCCACUGCCAGAUAUCACAACAAGUGGUGUAGGUGGUUAUCACAAAGCUAAGUCCUCAUGGAGGAAGCUAGAACCAAGGCCAAGCCAAGUGAUAACUUCCAAUCCAAGACCUCCAAUCAAUGGGGAUGCACAACAGCAGUCAGAGAGACUAGUCUUAAAACUGAAAAAGGAUACAACAGAUCCGGAAUCGCAGAGGUGGAAAACUGAUGCUACUAUUUAUAAUAGGGGCAUCAUCCCCAACUGGAUAGGUGAUUUCCCACGUAUGCCUCCACCUAUGCUACGUCCGCGAUAUUCUCAUCCUCCAGGACAUUGGCCUCGAAUGCGAACUCGAGGUGGGUUUCGAAGAAUUCAUAUGAACUAUGGUGCUGGGCCAUAUACGUGACGAAUGUGGAACAGUUAGUUGCAAUUUGUGAUAAUCACCUAAACAUUUUCCCAUGCAGCACAAGAGAACUUUUCAUGCAUAAAUAAAACCAUAUCUUAAUAUAGUUUAUUUUACAAAACUAUAUUAACUGUAACAUCACUCAGAAUUUGGCAUUUAUAAAUUUCUAAAAUCGUCUGAAUUAUAAACGCAAAGAUCACACUUAAAUCUCAAAGAUUUUUCUUGAUUGCUAUUGAAACUGUAUAUUUUUUUAAUAAUAGUUAUAUCUCAUUACUCAAAGAUGUUUGUUUGCUCAAUGCUAUUUUAAUUAAAUAAAAUUUUAAAGAUUUUAGAUUAUAAUUUUAAUAUUAAUUAUUGACAGUAGUAUGUAAUUGCAUUGUUAAUAUGUCAUUUUAUAAAAGGUGAGAUUUCUUGAUCGGAUUUUUGUAAAAGCAUUUGUUGUUGACAUUUUUUUCAUCUAAGUUUUAGAAUCCAUAAUCAUUUCCACUCUUUGCUUUUCUGUAUUUAGUAAAUAAUUUAUUUUUCCAAAUGUGGUAUUGUUGCUAAUGUUUCACUGAAGUGAAGGCAUAUUUUAUGUGAAAAGUGUUUGAUUCACAGAAGCAUUUAAAUUGUGCAUGGAUGAAAAUCUGUUGUGUAUUAACGUAAAACUUGGCAGCAAUUUUAGAUUAACAGUAAACUGAGUACAUUCGUAUCAUUGGUUUAUGCACAUUAUUACUCACUACAUAAUUCUGAAAAUUAAAAUUUGAUAAGCUCAGUGAUCAGCCAACUUGCUUGGUCUAAGUUCUGCCUUUUCUUCUUUUUUGGUGGAAUUUUUAGGACCUGUUUUCUAAUUUUAUUUUCAAAUUACGUGUUUAAAUGUUUUUACUGCGAAAAAUGAAGUUUUCUUAAUGUUCAUAACUACCUCAUAAGUUAAGGUUCAUAACUAUGAGAUUACUUUAAGGAAUUUUCGAAAGAAAUUUUUUGAAUCAAUAAAAGCCAUCAAAUUUUAGUAUUUUAAAUAAAAUUAUACAAUAAACAGCAACAGAGGUUUGGAGUUUUAUUUAUUUAUUUAUUUUUAAGUGGCAAGCAAAAAGUGUUUUCGUAGUAUUUUAUAUGUUAGGAUUAAUGUUUUUAUUUUUUGGGGGGGAUAGCACAUCCAUGGCUUCUUACAGAAUGCCUGACCCAAAAGAUUCAGCUGAUAUAGGUGUACUUUUAAUUUUUUGAAAUUUUACCAUUGUCUUUCUAUUAUUCUCAGAAGGGAGCAUAAAGUUAAGAUAGAUGUUAUGGCAAAAUUUCUAUUCCCAUCAGGUACUCCUUGACAAAAAUAUCCCAAUGUUGUGAUAUAACUGUGUGGAUAAGUAGGUAGUUUGGAUUUCAAAUCCAUUUUACAAGGUAUUAAAAUUGUAAUCACAGUUAAAUGCUAAAAAAUUGGGGCUGUAAUGGAAUAAGGCAAACCUGUAUCAAUAACUUGCUUUCUUGAAGUUAUUCCUUGAAUAUUAAAGUUAUUAGGAUUUAAAUAUGACAUAUUACCUUCAUUUGAUGAUGGUACUAAUUUUACAAAUUCAUGAUGGCCAAAAUUUAUUUUUUCUGUACCUAGAAAAGUAAAUCCCUCCUUCACAAAUGUAAAAUAUUACAUUCAUAAUUACUCUUUUAUAUACCAAACAUGUUAAAAUCAUUAGUUUAGCUUUUCUUUAAAUUUUGCAAUUUUUAUUGUGUAGAUUUGGAACUAUUUGGAACUUGGCAUUCCCCCCUCUCCAACUUUUUAUUUAUUUCCACAUUGUUUCAUUGCUUAUAAUUAUCAGUUCUUAAAUAUUACUGAAUUUUUGUCUUAGUACAAUUUGUGAUUUCUGGACCAGAUUUUUUUUUAAUUAUUUAUUUUUUGAAUAGCAAUCUUAAGUUUCAGCAUUGUCAUCAAAACUUCUCUUUCGUAUUAUAAAUUUAAUAUAUUAUUAUGCCAGAACAUAUAUUCAGAAAAUAGUGACUAUUUUAUGCAGGUAUUUUUAUAAGACUAAAAAUUUUUAGUAUGUUAAAACUUAAAUAGCUGCCUCCCCCAUUAUGAAUUGCUGACUGUAGAUAGGUAUCUGGCAUUACUUCUCUAAACACAGAAGGAUGUUCGUCGUAUUGCAUAAUAUGGGAAAUUUUCAAAAAUUUUAUUUAGAAUAUUUAAUAAUCAUAGGCUUUAGAAGGAUCGGUGUACGUGAAACGUAAUCUUAUCUAAGCAGUAUUUAAUAAAAAAGUUUUUUUUUCUUCUAUUUUGUAAAUUGCAAAUUUUUUUGAUAGGAAAUCUGAGAAUUUGAUUAUAAAAAUUCAGCUUUCCCUAGUAUUUGAAUAAAGCAAUUUCAUGAAAAGCCCAUUUUUUUCCAUAUCAUGCAUAUAAACAAUUCUGAAUUCAAAAUGAUUUGAUGACAUUUUGUACACUAUUGCAUAUAUAUAUGCAUUUUUUAAAAUAGUUUCACAUAUCUGUGAUAGACCAGGGAUAAACUAAUGUUCAUAUGUGUUUAAUAACUAGAAUCUUUUGCUUUCUAUCGUUAAGUAGAUAUAGAGUUUAUCCACUUCUAAAUUAAUUAUAGUUUACUUUGAAGUCCCCCCCAUAAGUCUAAUUCCAAUAUAUACUUAAAUUCUUCACUAAUUUGGCUAUAUUUUUUUAAGUGGUAAAAUAUUUCUUUUCUAGAUUAACUUUUUGAAAAAUAUAUUUCAAAAUGUUAUUGUUUAUCAUGAUUAAAGCUUUUUAACAGAGACCUUUAUCAUCUGCUAAUUGAUAUACAUGUUCUCUUUGUUAUCUGAAUAUGCAGCAUUCCUGUGUAACCUUUCAUAAUCUGAAAUAAUGUAAAACAAAAAUGACAGUUACCAAUAAUUUAUUUGUGAAAAUUUGCUGAGUGAGCUGAGAUUAAUAGAAACUAACUUGCCAGAUAAUGUAUCAAACUCAAAAUAAUACUAAUGUGUGGUAAAAGCAAAACAAAAUAAAAAUUUACAAUCUAUAUCAAUAAGAAAUAAUGAAUAAAAAAUGUAAUUUCAUUAUCCAGAAUUAGAAAAGUCGUAUGAACAUUAGAGACACAAUGAUGGAGAUGAUGGUUUGUUAGCCAAAGCCAUUGCAAGUUAGGUAAGUGAUGAAUUAGAAGAGAAGGUGAAGGUUUGUUGUCUGUUGUGUUAAGAUGGAAAAGACUUAAUAUAUGGCAAUGCACUUCUUACUUUCUCAUAUUACUUGUUAUACUGUUUGUUGCAUUUUCAAAUUAAAAUGAACAGUCAAAAUAUGUUAUAAAUCUUCAUGUCCUGUAUAUGUUACUGUGAAAGACCGAAAUUGGAGAAUAUCGACUUUCACAGGAGAAUAUCAACAUUCACCA